AUGAGCGUCUCCGCCGUCCAGCUAGAUAGCGUCCGAGCAUCCGUAGAUGCUGCAUUGGAAACAUUGCACGAAUCCUUGCGAAAAUUGAACCACGAGAUCUGGUCGCAUCCCGAACUCGCCUACCAAGAGCACCAUGCCCAUGACACCAUCUGCGACUUCCUCGAACAACAAGGUUUCACCGUUACUCGCCAUGCAUACGGAUUGGACACUUCAUUCGAAGCCCUCAGCGGAUCGGGCGGGCGUUUGAUCAAUUUCAACGCCGAGUACGACGCGCUCCCCGAUAUCGGUCACGCCUGCGGUCACAAUCUUAUCGCGACUGCCAGUAUUGCCGCAUUCCUCGCUUUAUCGUUCGCAUUGAAGAAAUACGACAUCCCGGGACGGACCCAGCUCCUAGGAACACCGGCCGAGGAAAACGGUGGUGGAAAGGCCAAGCUGAUCGAGGCAGGGGCUUACAAGUCCGUGGAUAUUUCUCUUAUGGCUCAUGGUGGACCUGAGAAAAUGGACUCAGAGCCCGCGGGUGACUACGUCGGCAUUGCCGGAACCCUCAUGAACGCACGUAAGAACCUCCACUGCGAGUUUAAGGGUAAGAGUGCGCAUGCUGGUGGGAAUCCGUGGGCUGGUGUCAACGCCUUGGAUGCGUUGGUCACUUCGUAUAAUAACGUGGCGGUGCUUCGUCAGCAACUCAUGCCGGAGCAGCGUAUCCAUGUUGCUUUUACGGAUGUGCCUAAGGUGGCCAAUGUGAUUCCAGCGUAUACCAAGGCGUUCUGGCAGGUUCGAAGCCCGACAUUGAAGGGACUUAACACCCUUGUGGCCAAAGUGCGCAACUGCAUUGAGGCUGGUGCUUUGGCUACUGGGUGUGAAGCAACGAUCACGGAGUGGGUCCCCUCUCCCUUGGCUAAUUUCUGA